UUUUCUUUUUUACAUUUACACAAUGCUGACUUUAUACAAUUUUAUUACAAUCUUUAUUUAUUAUAGACUGAACCAAAAACUAACAACAGAAUAUGAAUACUCAGUUUUGAAAAAUCUCAUGUCUUAUUUAUUAAUAUUCAUUUUUAUAAAUGACAAUUUAUGGAUUGUACAAGAAAUGCCUAUAGUGGAAAAACUGUUACUUAAAAUCGGAGUCAAGUUUCCCACUAAUGUUUUGGUAAUUAAAUAUGAUGUUCGAUCCACCGGACUAUCCCUAUAAAGAACUAGCUGAAGUUUAUGAGACCCAGAGUCUCUUAUUUAGUGGCAAUAACGAGACUAAAACCUUAGAAGCGCCAUCUAUCGAUACCACAGAUAAUCAACUAACUUUAGAAUCGAAUGUUAGCGGGCAAUACUUUAACGUUGAAAGUAUAUUGGUCCGAGAAUCAGAAAAUUUAAUGGAACAAGCUACAGAAUGUUAUGUUGUCCAAGAUGAUAAUUUAUUUAAUUUCGAAUCAACUUUACUUGACGAAAACACUGUUAACCAAUUUCUUUUACCAGCUAAAGGUUCCACAGAAGCAAAUAGAGAUGAACAGAAUGGACCCGAUGUGCUGGCUUUACACUCAUGUGUGAUUUGUCAUGAAAUUUUUACAACUGAAAGUGACUUGCUUGAUCACACUAUUUUGUUACAUGCUUCUUCACAGACUGAUAGUGGUAUUCUCGAACAUCCUACUGAAGCCACGAAAAAAGGUACAAACGACUUUGAUUUUGAAGCUGAGUGGCUUGUUUGCCGAAUCUGUGAACGUGUUUUAUCAACAAUCUUAGAAAAGGAGCCAAACGAACAAUUAUGUUGUCUUGAUUAUGAUGGCGUAAGUAAGGUUGCAUCACGAAAAUUGACCACGAUGUACGUCUGUGACGUUUGCAAUGGCCUCUUUGCUGACUGCGAUGCUCUAGAUAAACACCGCCAAAAUUGCUACAUUGAAGAAUUAACAAAACAACAAAACUUCUCUGUAAGUCCCGAAGCGACUUUUUCUUGCGACAUUUGCGACAAACAAUAUUACACUAACGAAGACCUUAAAAUUCAUUCGUUGGACUGUCGCAAGAACUUUCCUCCAAGAACCAGAAAACAGAACUAUACGAGCGCUGGCAAUACCAAGAUGUGGAACUGCGGUUCAUGUAAUCAACUCUUUACAACUGCUAGAGAGCUUUACCGCCACAAGCGGGGUGAAGAUCGCCCCGAAGGAGCACCCCUGCUGGCUUACGUUUGUGAUGAGUGCGACAAGGUGCUCGGAAGUAUGUGCGCGCUUCACACUCACAAGAAGAUGCACAAAGUUUCUAAGCCUGGCUACCCCUGUCGAGUUUGCGGACGUCGCUUCAAUCAGUCCGGUCAUCUCGCUAUACACAUGAGGAUGCACACUGGAGAACGACCCUACCCCUGCGAUCUUUGCCCGAAAGCUUUCAAAGUAAAGGUGGAGCGCGACGAUCACCGUCGGACGCACACCGGGGAGCGUCCCUUCGCGUGCGCCGCCUGCCACAAGACGUUCACCGCCGCGGCACGGUUGCGUGAACACGCACGCAUCCACACCGAUCAAAGGCCGUACCGUUGCGACAUAUGCGGAGCAGCGUUCAGAAGACCUUAUGCAAGAACUGUGCACACUCUGAUACACACAGGAGAAAAGCCACAUGAAUGCGAUGUCUGCGGAACCGCUUUCAGAAGGUCGGGGGACAUGUGGAAGCACAAGAGAACGCUUCACGGAAUCCGAACGAACUGUACAGAUACAAAACGAGAUGUUGAAUAGGCGCCGCUUUUGAAAAUACCCCGACCCAGGUAGAGACUGCGCACAGAACUCAUGUUUUAAGGUAAAUGGCGACAUCACAUCACAUUCAACACCAGUUAUUGAAGAAUUUAAUAAAAUUUUAGAGGUAUUAUAUAAAAAUAAAAAGCUGUUACGAAACUUU